AUGCGGUCAUUCUUCAAAAAGCCCGCAUGGGCAGCCAAUGCAGGGGAUACGGGAGCGGAAUUCUAUCGACGGUCAGGACAAACAUAUGGCGACAUUGUGGCCGCAAAUCGAGAAGCGCAUGAAAAGGCGAAGACUGAAUCAGAAAAGCACGGGAAUAUUGAGGAAAACCUUCAUGGGACUGGCGGCAGACAUUCGAAGCGGCCUCGACUUGCAAACGAGUCGGAGAAUACGGCGGCAGAUGCUGCGGACACAAUUCAAUACACCCCAGAAUCAGGGCCAGAAGAACCUCACCAGCCGCUUAAUCUACCAGGAAAUUGUCGAACUCAGCGAGGGGAUUAUUUUGAAACCGAAGACGAAACAUUAAACACUACUUCCACCCAUUGCCGCCAUGGUCGCUCGGAGGACGAUCUUUCCACUCUCCCCACCCCUCUUCCCGAUAAAGCCGUGUCCCCUAAACCGCCUACUCACCUCCCAUCCCAGAACAUGGAUUUUGAGUGCAAUGAUACCGCCCACAAGGACACUCCACGCCUGUUCAAUGCAGCUGCAACUCCUCGGCCCGCACAGCCCUCGACCCCUCCUAGGGAAGACCCAAUCGUUCAAAUUCUCAUUACCUCCCAAAUGCCAAAUACGAAGCCUUUGCUUGUUCAUCGAAAAAUGUCCCAAGGUCUUAGGGAUGUUCGAAUCGAAUGGUGCAAGCGCCAAGAAAUUACUAAAGAGAUGCAGCCGUCUGUCCACCUCACAUGGCGUGGUCGACGUCUGUUCGAUGUCACGACCUGCAGAAGCUUAGGGAUCAAAAUGGAGAGUAAGCUGACACUCUCGGAGCUGGAUGAUGACCCAAUCGCAGGCCCAAGAGAGUUGCGUAUUCACAUGGAAGCCGUGACCGAUGACCCACUCCUUCUAAAUCGACCAGGUCUCUCGCCAGACGAGGAUGAAGCAUCACAUGCCCCUCCAAACCCUGAAGAUGGCCUAACGGAGCCGAUGAAGUUGACUCUCCGCAGUUCCGGACUGAGUGAUGUCAGGAUAAGAGCAAGACCAAAGACUCUGGUGUCUAAGCUUAUCUCGGUAUAUCGCAACAGACAGAAUAUUCCCGCUGAUCGAGAUGUCUCGCUCCUAUUUGAUGGGGACCGAAUGGAUCCUGAUACUCGUCUUCGUGACCAUGACAUUGCAGAUCUAGAUAUGGUGGAUGUACAGGUCAAACUCCGUGUUUAG